AUGUCGGCGCUCGCGGCGAAGCCGUCGCCGGAGGAGAUCGAACGACGACGCCGCGCGAAGCGGGCCGAGCGCGCGGCGAACCCCAAGAAGAAAGUACAGCAGACGCAGAAGAAACAGCGCGACCCGGCGGAGGAAGCGAGAGCGCUGCGCGAGUUCCGCAUCGCGCCAUUGAUCGACGCGGGCGCGAAUUUGCAAAGUCGCGGGUCCUACGACGACGUCGUGCGGCAGCUCCGACGGGCGUCGCUGGCGGGCGUGGCGGCGGUUGUUUUGACGGGCUGCGACGUCGACGGGUCGACAGCUGGAAAAGACUUCUGCGAGCGCUGGGCGGCCGAAGGGUCAACCUUGCAGCUCGGGUUCACGGCGGGCGUCCACCCGCACGACGCCUCGAAGUUCACCGAUGACACGCUCUCGAAACUGGAAGCAUUAUCGACGUCGCCGUUCUGCGUCGCCAUGGGCGAGUGCGGGCUGGACUACGACCGCAUGUUCUCGCCGCGCGAGGUGCAAUUGGCGGCGUUUCGCGCGCAGUGCGCCCUGGCGAAGCGACUCGAUCGGUCGCUGUUCGUCCACGUCCGCGAAAAGGAAGAGGGGGAGGCGCUGGGAGCUUAUAGGGAUGCCGUCGCGGUGAUGACGGAGGCCCAACUAAUACCGGAAAAGGUCUGCGUCCACUGCUUCACGGGAGGUACGGACGAGCUCGCGGCGCUCGUCGACUUUGGGUGUCGCGUCGGGUUCACGGGCUUCCUGGGCAUCGCGAAGCGAUCGGGCGCGACGCGGGAGGCCGUCGCCUCUUUAAAAGACCGGUUGGCGGGCCGGCUCCUGCUCGAGACGGACGCCCCCUUCAUGCUCCCCGACAAGGCCUACCUCCCGUCGUCGCUCCAGAAGCGGCUCGGGCUGCGGGGCGGGAAGAACGAGCCGGCCGUCCUGCCGGCGGUCUGCGGCGCGCUCGCCGACGCGCUCGGGCGCGACGCGUCCGACGUCGCGCGCGAGACGACGGAGGCGUCCCGAACGUUUUUCGGGUUCGACGACGCGUCCAGCGACGACGACAGCGACGACGACCGGCUCGACGACGAGUUCGCGAAGAUGCAGCGGAAGCUAGGAAUAA